GAUUGCGAGCAGCAAGAGCAUCCGUGCAGUCGAUGUUGUGAACCCCUAUCACAGUCCCGUGGCGCGUCGGCGCAAUAAGACCUUCUGGUUAGAGUAUCCAUUUUGAUCACAUAUAUCCAUCAAACAACAAUGGCAGAUAUUGAGGAUACUCACUUUGAGACUGGAGACUCUGGCGCUUCUGUGACAUACCCUAUGCAGUGCUCUGCACUGCGCAAGAAUGGCUUCGUCAUGUUAAAGUCUCGUCCGUGCAAGAUUGUAGAAAUGUCAACUUCUAAAACCGGCAAACAUGGUCAUGCCAAGGUUCACUUAGUAGGUAUCGAUAUAUUUACUUCAAAGAAGUAUGAGGAUAUCUGCCCUUCCACACAUAACAUGGAUGUGCCGUUUGUUAAGCGAGAAGAUUACCAGCUUACAGAUAUAUCUGACGACGGCUAUCUUUGUCUGAUGGCUGAUAAUGGAGAAUUACGCGAGGAUCUCAAGAUACCUGAUGGUGAUUUGGGAACACAGCUACGUGCUGAUUUUGAAUCAGGGAAAGAGUUACUUUGCACCGUACUCAAGGCAUGUGGUGAGGAGGUAGUGAUCGCCGUCAAAAAUAACACCUCCCUUGAUAAAUAAAAUAAUUGUGUUCAGCCCGACGACGACAAGAAGCCCAACAUUCAAACAAAAACCCGCUUAGCCAAUCAAUCAACACCUUUACUGGAUAAUUGGUCAAACAGGAUAAACAACAAUAUAACCAAAAAAUAGAGGAAGAUGAUGAAGAGAGUGGAAGAGCGAAAGAGAGGAAGAGAGAGAGAGAGAGAGAGAGAGAGAGAAGAGAAAGAAUGUCUGAGACAGAGAGAAAGGAAAUAGAAAAGGAGAGGGAAAAGAGGGAGAAAGUAAAACGGGCUAGCAGAUCCACAUACAACAGCAACGCGCCAAUGCGAGAAACGACUUUUAUCGAAAUAAUAUCCGCUUUACUUAAUUAUUAUUCAACAAUAUUUAAAUGAACAAAUCCGGGAAAGCGAAAACUAGGUAUACGUACAGUUAUAUACACUUAUACACAUAUGGAUAAUUAGACACAUUAUGCACACAUAUACACAUACACACACGCGCGCGCGUACGCAUACAAAAUACUUAUACGUAUACCUAAACAAUUAUCCACGCGUUGUUUGUUAUAUAAGAAAGUGGCGACAACUUUUCAACAGAAAGUUGAUGGGAAAUAAAAACUGAGAAAGCCUUGAGAUACAUCCUGGACCUUUUUUUUUUUUUAAAAGAAUAGAAAGAAAUUAUUUACAACAGCUUUGUAACUUAUUACACUUAUGUGUGUGAGUGAGAAUAUGUGAGAGAAUGCAAGAGAGAAAGAGAGAGAGAGAGAGAAAAUUUUGGAGACCAAUAUGAAGAGAUCGUGAGAAAAAGGACCCUGGUCCUUAAGCGCACGCGCGCGGAACAAUUUUUCAUGGGAUGCUAGCAAUGCCCGACACGAAGCAGCUCACUUCAAGCAUCUUUCCUAUAAUGAUUGAUAAGAUAAGACUGGAGUCGCUAUACGGAAUUUUUACAGAAUGCUAAAGGUUUCUUUCUUUUUUAUGAAAAGAUCUCGAUUUCUCGAGAUUUUUAGGUCUAAUAUAACUUAAUCGUGAAAAUAAAAAUUUCAGUUUAUUCUAUGCAAAUACUGAAAAGGAUUAAACAUUUAUGAGCUUUACCAUUAGAGAAUUUAAAGUUUGUAAAUUUGAAGUGGAAAUAAUUUCAAAUUUUCGAACUUUUAAAUUCUAUUUUUAGAUACUUAAGAAUUUCAAAAUCAAAAAAUUCAGCAUUUUAGUUAGUCGUAACAGCAGACAAAUGCUUCAUAUCUAAAUGAGAAAAUUCAUAAAUUCCAGGAUCGGAAUUUUUGAAUUUUAAGAGAUUUUGAAAUUUUAAAUAUGUGAGCAUUUGUUUUUUUUGUUUUUUUUAAGUUAGAUACAGAGGCUUUGAAAUGGAAGAAGGUUUAUGUGAGACUUAAAAUGUAUAAGGACUUGAAAAACACGAGAAUGUCCAAUUAAAGAGCUGAGAUAUGAUUUAGACCUUUAAAUCCAGGAACGUCGAGAUCUUAAGGGUCACACAAAAUAACAUUUCGCGCGCUUUGAGAUGGCUGGUGCGGCGCGAUGUAAUAUCGCGUCACGUUCAGAGACUGUAAUUGGCUUAUGAAUGCUCAGACUAUUACAUUUUGUUGUAAUAUCGUUUUAAUAAACAUUUUUCAGAACAGGUUA